UUUAAUAAUUUUUAGUCGUUUAAAAAAAAUCAAAAUAUAACAUAUAGAAAAAAAUCUUUUUUUUAUUAUAUGCUUAAUGUAAUUUUUUAAUUUCUUUUAAUAAUAUAAAAUUAAAACAAGAUACAAAAAUUGUUAUCAAAAAUGUAUUAUUUAUAAUCAUUAAUUGUCAUAUUUAUGUUAAUCAUAGGUAAUUUUGUAGUUGUUAUCUAAAGAAAGAAUUUGAAAAUAUUAUUUUGUACACUACUAAUCAAUUUGAUAGUUAGUUUAAUAAAAAAACAUAAUAUUAUUUUUAUGUAGACCAACUUAUAAAGAUUCUAAAAAUUAUUCUAGUGAUGACACGUGAUUACGAAAGUUGUAAUGCUCCAUGAUUAAUAUACAGGGAAUUUCGAAACUCUAACCCGUUCAUGUUUUUUGUUAUGCACCCCGUUCAUGUUUUUUGUUAUGCACCCCGUUCAUUUUCUAUUUGUUACCGGAGGUUAAAUCACAUAAGAAAAAUAAGAGAUAAGAGUAUAUUUGUGAGAUCAAAUAAAAUUUGAGAUCUGUAUAAAAUAGAUGUAUUGUUACCAAAGUCUUGGUGGUCUAAUAGUAACACAAGAGAUAUUUUUUUGUUUUCCGGGUAACUUUGAUAGAAAGAGUAAUUUUUGAAUAAAAAAUAUUUAAAAACUGAUUUCUGAUCUAGAAGAAUUAUGAGUAUAAGAUCGGGAACUAUUAAAGAAGUGUUUUAAAUCAGUUCUUGGAAAAUACAUACACUGAAAAGUCUUUAUGUGCGUGGCUAUUUACAGUUGAAUAAUUGUAAAAACAAAUAUGCUUAUUGUAUAUAUACUGAUUUGGGGUAAAAUGUAGUUUACAGCCGAAUGCAGAAAAGGACAUGAAUCACAAUCAAACCCAUUUUCAUCACCCAUGUUUAUAUAUACGUAGUGGCUCCCACGUCACGCGUUUACUAUCUAGACCCAACUUUAUUUAUUCAUAAUACUCCUCUGAAAUUCCCAUAACUUUGUAUGUAGUCCCAAACAACUGAUUCGUGUAUGUUCUCGACUCUCUUUUCUCUCCAGUGUCGACAAAACUAAAUUAAGAUGUGUGAUAUGAUCCACCAAACAUAUGAUGACCCUCUAUUCUACAAAAACAAACAAUUCAGACAACACAACCUAGAAGGAUAACCACACUACUCACACGUGCCAAAAUAGUAGCAAAGAGACAAAAUGAGCAAUUCAAACAGUCUUUGGAGCUACCCACUCCCACAUGAUUUUGAUUUAUUAUCUGAUCGACCUAUAGUCAUUCAGGGCAGUAGAAUAUAAGAACAUAUCAAAGGGGGCAAUAUGAAAAUCUUAUAACAACUAUAUUUUCAGAAAAUCAAGGGUGGCAGCUGCCCCUCCCAAAACCUAUCUACAUCAUCCACUGCCUAAUAAUACUUAAAUUUAAGAUAAUGAAUGCAAUACAUUGACUAAAGAGUAUAUUGGCCAUCUCAUAAGACUAUGAUUAACCCCAGUUAAGAGACUAGGGUUCUUAGCUUCAGAUAAGAGACGGUUCUUACAUUUUCUUAGAUUUUAACUAAGAAAAACUAAGAACCGUCUCUUAAAUAAGAGAUAUAAGAGUUUUUUUUAGCUAAAAAAUGUUAAAAAAAUGUCAAAUCAUGAAUUAAGAACCUCGGCUAAGAAACCAGGGUUAAUCAUGCUCUAAUUGGAAAAGUCGAUCAUGUAACUUACUGAUACGUUGCCUCUAGAGUAGAGAUAUAGUUUUUUCUUUUCCUUUUUCUUAGGGACAUGAUAAGUUAUUAGGGUUUAAAUUGAUUAAAUUAUUAAUAAAAGUUAAUGACCCUCUAGUGAUUUUUUCUUGUAGUCAUAAUUGAUGUCUAAGAUUCUUCCAUCAAGUUGUUACUGGAUUGACCCCAAUAAUGUUGGCACUUGUUAUUUCGAUGGAUCCAUUCUAACAGCACACUUUUUGCCUAACAUAUUCUUCUAGUAUCACUUUUUAUUCUAGUUACUAGUGACUCGAAAAGGAUAUAAUGUCUGAAUUUGAAAAUAAGUUUUAAAAUGCUUGCGACCGAAUAUAAAUUACAAGAUUUAUUUAUUUCAAUUGAUAAACAAUUUAAUUAUGUUUUACGAAACGUAUAGAACAAAAGAGAAAUAUCGACCAAAAAUACAUCUCCUAUAUAUAAGAAUCCACAGACGAACUGGUUACAGAGUGUGUCAUUUCCUACAAAAGUACCAUAUAAUACUAACAAUAAAAUCGAUACAUCCUAUACAAUGCAUAACAUUAAUUGUUUUUAUUAUCUUUUUUACUCUUCGAAUAUCAUCUGGUAAACUACACUCAGAAAUCAUGGGUAUGAUCAGAAAAUAUUAAUAAUGUUUGUUUCAAUAAUGACCUAAAAUAAACAAAAUAUAUAAAAUACAUAAUAGUCGAAGAUGAUUUUAAUGUUUGAUUGAGUCAUUAUCGAAAACUCACAUGGGUGAAGAAUGGUGAUGAAAGAGUCCCGCUAUAGUCAUCAAACUCUUUUUUUUGCUUCCAUUUAUUAUUGCUAUUAUUAAUUAGUUGGAAAAAAUCUAGAAAAAUUUGGCAGUAUCUAUGAUGUACAGACAUGUUGUGAUGAUCAAACCCAUGUGAAAAUGUGAUGUGGGUUUGAAGUUUUACCGCAGCCAAAAUUUCUUGCAUCCAGCUUGUUCACAAUUGGGAAAUAAAGGAAAUGGAUACUUAUUAGUUAUUACAUAACAUACAUAUUGUCAUAAAAUACAUAUUGUUAGGAGAUCUCUGGGGAUUACAAUAUCACUUAGAUAUGCUACAUGUAGGAGUUAGGACAGUAAAUAAUUUUAUAGCUAUUAAUAUAUUUUUCUUAGCUAAAGAAGUAUUCACUCAUAACCUAGGAUUUAUGUUUGACCAAAAAAAAAUCUAGGAUUUAUAUGUCAAACGAUAGAAGUAAGAACUAAAGAUAUAACUGAAAUCCGUUUUAUAAGAAAACUAUUGAAUAUGUAUAUAUUAAAAGUUUUGAUAAAUUUCGUUUUGCAUAGGUCUUAUUCUCUUUCUCUCAAAUGAAAGUACAAUGAUACUUUCCAAAAACAUGGUUAAAAAACAAUUUAUUUCCCUACAUACAGUUUAGCUUAGAAUAUACAGUUUAUAAGUUUUUAAUAUCCACUAAAACUUUACAAUAUGUGAGAGCAAUAGAUAAUCCAUUGCCCAUGUCGCGGCAAUUACACAUACAACAAAUGAGUUUCAAUUUAAGAAUAAAAAUACAUUAGCAUAUGUCUCUUUCUCUCACUCCGCUGAUGUCUCUCAUCAACAAAAAUCAAUGAGAUUUUCUGGAUCGUAUUGGUAAUGGUGUGGGUCCCGUUUAGUACCAAAUUGAUUGCCAGUUAAUUUAGCAAAUAAAUUAAUUACACAACAAAAGCAUCUCUCAAACUCUCUUUUUGUCUCAUGAAGCCAACAGUACUUAAAGCCACCCUUCACUCUUCCAACAACACCUUUCAUCACUUUCCUCUUUUACAUUUUCCCACAAACACUUUGAUUGAUAAACACACUGGAACAUACCUGACCCCUAAUAUUCUGAUGGCACGACCACAACAACGGUUCCGAGGCGUGAGACAGAGACACUGGGGCUCUUGGGUCUCCGAGAUUCGCCACCCUCUCUUAAAAACAAGAAUCUGGCUCGGGACUUUUGAGACGGCGGAGGAUGCGGCAAGGGCCUACGACGAGGCGGCGAGGCUAAUGUGUGGCCCCAGAGCUCGUACUAAUUUUCCUUACAACCCAAACGCCGUUCCUUCUUCCUCUUCCAAGCUCCUCUCCGCCACUCUCACCGCUAAACUCCACAAAUGCUACAUGGCUUCUCUUCAUUUGACCAAACAGACGCAAACUCAGUCUCAGGCGCAAGCUCAGAACCCGAGACUACGGUCGUUAUCCUUACCGGACACGGACAGUGUCAUGAACAUGACGGCAGGUGGAAAUCAUUAUGACAGAGGAGGAGGAGUAACGGAGACGAUGAAGGAGAUCAAAUGGGAAGAUGGAAACGCGAAUCUGCAACAGAGUUUCAAGCCAUUGGAGGAAGAUCACAUUGAGCAAAUGAUAGAGGAGCUGCGUCAUUAUGGUUCCAUUGAGUUUUGCUCUGUUUUACCUACUCGGUCGAUGUGAGAAACGAUCCUGUCGUUUUAGCAGUAAUUCUUAUUUAUUUUAAGUUUAAUUUUAUUUUUCCUUCAACAUGACGGCGUCGUGGAGUAGUAGAAGAGAAAAAGGCUAAUUUCAAGACAUUUGAUCUGAAUUGGCCUCUUUGAAACACUCAUUCUAAGAGCAAUCGAUCAUAUGCUAUGUAAUGUAUAUUAUUUUUAUUAUAUGAAAAAACGUUAUCUAAUAUCUUAAUUUGCAUCA